AUGACAUUGACCAGCAUGUUUCCUUCGUACUCCUGGUUGGCGUGCUUUGCCACGGCUUGCAUGGCUGCAUCAAGUCAGUACCUGGAUUGGAAAACAUUCAAUGCUGUGGGUGUCAACCUCGGUGGCUGGUUAGAGCAGGAAUCAACCAUUGAUACUACCUGGUGGGCCCAAUACUCAGGUGGCGAAGUGGACGAAUGGGGGCUUUGCGCUCACCUUGGUAGCCAAUGUGGACCAGUUCUUGAACGACGAUAUGCUACUUGGAUUACUACUGCCGAUAUCGACAGGCUGGGUGCAGCUGGUAUCAACGUGCUUCGCAUUCCGACCACGUAUGCUGCAUGGGUCGAUGUCCCGGGGUCGCAACUUUACCAUGGGAACCAAGUGUCCUUCCUUUCUAGUAUUUCAUCUUAUGCUAUCAACAAGUACGGUAUGCAUAUCAUUAUAGAUAUCCACUCUCUCCCUGGGGGCGUGAAUGGCUUCCCGUUUGGUGAGGCUUAUGGACACUAUGGCUGGUUUAACAAUGCAACUGCUCUUAAGUACUCCUUGAAAGCUGUCGAUGCGGCUAUUGCUUUUAUUCAAGACUCGAGCUCUCCUCAAUCAUUCACGCUCGAGCCAAUCAAUGAGCCUGUCGACGUCGAAGAUCUUUCACUAUUCGGAACACCAUAUUGUCUUACCGAUAGUGGGGCCGCAUACUUAGCAAGCUAUAUUCACCAAGUUAUCUAUAAGGUUGAGGCCGUGAAUCCUCAAAUUCCAGUCAUGUUCCAGGGCAGUUUCAAGGGCGAGGCAUACUGGUCCUCUAAUUUCAGUACGGGAACAAACCUAGUCUUUGACUUGCACAACUAUUACUUUGAAGGCCGAUCGACAAGCUCUGCCAACAUAACGGAUUAUAUCUGUGAAGAUGCUCUGAAUUCUGCUGGAGAUGGAAAAUUCCCAACAUUCGUUGGAGAGUGGUCUAUUCAGGCUGAAAUUGAUAACACCUUUUCUUCACGUCAAAAGGCGCUAGAGACCGGUCUUGCUGCAUGGAAAAAGUAUACUCAAGGAAGCGCCUAUUGGACUGUAAAGUUUACGGGAAAUACUACAGUCAGCGGUCAGGGUACACAGGCGGAUUAUUGGAGCUAUGAAACUCUCAUCAAUUUGGGUUAUACUGGAUCAACAUCCAGCGCUGUGGUAUGCUAG